CAGCUGUUAUCAUUAUCAAAGAGCCGCUCGGCCCGCUCCGGCUCCGGGAAUUUGAGAGCGACGUAACGUUCCAUCAGCAAAUUUAGGAAUUUGUAAUUCCGUGAGGUUCAGAGCGAGAGCGAUACCUCGCUUGCACGGUUUCGCUCACUAACUCCACCAAAAGAGGUCUCGUUAACUUGUCGCGCCCAAACCUAGGAUCCUAACAGAAGAUCAACGUCAACCGAGAGAAGCUCCAGUCAUGGCAUUCACCUCUCGUCUUCUAUCCAGAUCUAAACAGUUGUAUUCCGGUCAGAUAAUUCUAAAACAGGAGCAUGUUGUUCCAGUCCGUUUCUUUGCCAAAGAAGCAGCACCUCCAGCCCUCAAGGGAGAUGAGAUGUUGAAGAAUAUCUUCUUGGAGGUUAAGAAGAAAUUUGAUACAGCCCUGGGUGUACUUCGGAAGGAGAAGAUAACAAUAAAUCCAGAUGAUCCAGCUGCGGUUGCUCAGUAUGCAAAGGUCAUGAAGACUGUAAGAGAAAAGGCAGAUUUGUUCUCAGAAUCCCAACGGAUUCAAUACACAAUUCAGACACGCACGCAAGGUAUUCCAGAUGCUCGAACAUAUCUGUUGACAUUGAAGGAGAUACGAAUCAAGAGAGGCCUCACUGAUGACCUUGGUGCAGAGGAUAUGAUGAUGGAUGCGUUGGAGAAAGUUGAGAAUGAAAUUAAGAAGCCACUUCUAAGGUCUGACAAGAAGGGGAUGGCUCUUCUUAUAGCCGAAUUUGAUAAAAUAAAUAAGAAGCUUGGCAUUCGGAGGGAAGAUUUGCCAAAGUAUGAGGAACAGUUGGAACUUAAAAUUGCUAAAGGGCAGUUGGAGGAGCUGAAGAAAGAUGCCCUUGAAGCUAUGGAAACUCAGAAGAAACGGGAGGAGUUCAAGGACGAGGAAAUGGUUGACGUCAAGUCAUUGGACAUCCGAAACUUCAUCUGAUACUGGAGUUGACCGAAGGCACCAUUUUGCACAAUUUCAUUUCAGAACUAUCAAUUCCUUUUGUUAAGAAAUGUGUCGCAUCUCAAUUUGAUUGGAGUUUGCAAGAAAAGAAUGCUUGACCUCCAGAUGAGAAGGUUAAAUAGAAAAAUAAACUAACAAUCAACAAGUUGGUAUGGGUGAAUUAUGAGAUAUUAAUUGAUGUUCCAUUUUCUCCAUUGU